AUGAAUCUUCUUCCUCCACCCGGGGAGCUUCUCGAAAAUCAUAAACUAAUUCAGAGCACAUUGUUUCCUUGUCCUGAAAAGCUACUUGACCUUGCAAUUGAGAGCCACAUCGCAUAUUUGGAGGAAGAAUCCCUCCUCGAGCGCGACGAUUCAUUCUUCAUCGCCGAUUUGGGCCAGGUCGCUCGCCAACACCGGGCCUGGAGGCAGGUUCUACCUGAAGUGCAUCCAUAUUAUGCGGUAAAAUGCAAUUCGGAUCCCACGUUGCUCAAAUGCCUCGCUGAUCUAGGUACCGGCUUUGACUGCGCAUCUGUGGAAGAGAUGCGUAUUGUUUUGAGUCUCGGCGUGGAUCCAUCUUUAAUCCUCUUCGCCAACCCGUGCAAAUCUACUUCCGCUAUGAAUUUCGCACGUCGUGCAGGAGUGGUGAUGACAACUUUUGACAACAUUGACGAAUUAGAAAAGGUAAAAUUGCAUAUGCCAGAUGCAGCACUUUUAUUGCGCAUUCACGCGAACGAUGAUGGUGCCUUGAUUUGUUUCGGUGAAAAAUUCGGUGCUCACUUGGAUAUAACCGAAACGCUCAUUUCGCGGGCAUGGGACCUACAAUUAAGCAUUGUUGGUGUUAGCUUUCACGUUGGUACGGGGGCUUCUAAUCCACAAGCCUUCUGUCAAGCCAUCAAAGAUGCUCGCCAUGUAUUUGGCCUCGCUGAGAACCAAGGAUUUAAUCCGACAAUUCUUGAUAUUGGUGGUGGAUUUCAAGAUACACACUUCAGUUCUAUGGCUCCAAUUGUUCGUGCUGCCAUUCAUAAAGAAUUUUCCUCUAAAGUGACGGUCAUUGCAGAGCCUGGGAGAUACUAUGCUCGCAGUGCCUAUACUAUCGUCUCCCAGAUUAUUGCACGACGGUGUCAAACCGGUACGUCGGCUUUAACGGGGUUUCCGAACAUGCUCUAUCAAAAUGAUGGAGUGUAUGGAAACUUCAUGAAUGUGAUCAUGGAAAAGGAAAUCAUGACUCCCCAAAAUGGGAAAGCCAGUGAUACGCUUCCAUUAGCCGUGAACCAUCGGUACUCUAUCUGGGGACCUACAUGCGAUAGCAUCGACUGUGUUGUACGAGACAUUUCAUUUGAUAGGGAUGUCAAGGUAGCAUAUACCUUGGCAACUGCGACACAGUUCAAUGGCUUCAACUGCUCUCGCAAGAUUCUCUAUGUGAACAGUGAGAUGACACCGGACAAUUGA